AGAGUCAUUUCGGCUACACGCAGCUUUCCUAGUUGCUUCCGAUCUAGUGUGAUUGGUCGACUCAAUGACCACAUUACGCGCCUUUCUACUGCUCUUUCUUGCGCUUCCUCGGGCCUCCGGCGAGCCUGACAACGCAACAUGCCAGGAGCAAUCCCUUCUGAUGCAGCUGCGAACAGGCAGCCGGCUCAAGGCAACAGAGACAACGGACCAGUGCGAUGACAUCUACAGCGGCCAGACAUCUUGCAAGUACGAGAAGCAACCCGACUGCAAGGGCAAUAACGGCUUGCCCAACUGCAACGGGGCCAACUACAAGAUUCCUUCUGUUGCCCAAGAGUGUUUCUUUGGAAUGGAAGGUAUCAAUUACGAGGACGCAGCCAACCUGCCCGACGGGCCUGCCGGCCAGAACUGCACUGCUGGAGGUUCAGUCACUCCAGCUAUCUACACCACCUGCAAGUUUGACUCCAUCUCAGGAGACCCAAAAACGCUUGAAAUUACAGUGCCUCCAAACACACUCAUCACACAAAGCUGUGUGAAGAGCGGCCCACUAAGGCAUUGUUACAAUCUCGAGCCCAAAUGCAGCGCAACUCCAUACACUCUUACCAUUUCGGGAUUUAACAACAAGGCCAUCAGCAACUUCGGCUUCCUAUACAAAUGUUGCGACCCAAGCCCAACCACUGCAGCACCGACCACUGCAGCACCUACCACAGCAGCACCCACCACUGCAGCACCGACCACGGCAGCACCUACCACAGCAGCGCCCACCACGGCAGCACCCACUACGGCAGCACCUACCACGGCGGAACCCACCACAGCAGCACCCACGACCACGAGCACCACUCUACCACUCCCCUUUUGCGAGCCCACGAUAACUCGUGAAGACGUGACCAGUGUGGGUCUCACUCACGGUUCUCUACUCACAACUCAGUUUGGGGUCUUUGGCAUUGAGAGUAUCUCGGCCAGUGGCUCUGGCAGUACCAAUGAAGCGCGGAUCUUUGACGGUGGAUUGGAUGAGAGUUCUGUUUGCACUUGUGACAACGACCUUCUCAACCCCAACCUGCAGUACCUCCUUGUGAUUCAGGAAGCCAAUGCAUGUUCGGAGCAGGCUAGCUGUGGUGCCGGUUGCGGUAUUAGUUGCUGUGACGGCGAUGGCUGCACCAAGGUCACGGGGGGGACUCCACCCAAUGUAGAUGACAACUCGGGCGGAGGAACGAUUACCAUCACAUUCAAUGAUUCAAGCUGUGUGGAAGACUUCCUCUUCGUGGAUACCGAGGAGAACGGCGGUGUGGAGGCAUUUGCUGAGAACGGUACCUCGCUCGCCAAACAAGACUUUUUGGUCACGGGCAACAACGAGUUCAACUUUGUCUCUCUCAACGUAUGUGGUGUGAAGACAAUAGUGGCGACACUUGGAGGUUCUGGUGCCAUUUCCCUGCAGUGCUUCAAUUCUACCAUUGAUCCCGGCACCACAACUACCACAGCAGCACCCACUACGGCCGCGCCUACCACUGCCGGACCUACCACUGCAGCACCGACCACUGCAGCAGCACGACCACUGCAGCACCUACCACAGCAGCGCCCACCACUGCGUCGCCUACCACGGCAGCGCCCACCACUGCAGCGCCUACUACGCAGCACCUACCACUGCAGCACCUACCACAGCAGCGCCCACCACUGAAGCACCUACCACAGCAGCACCCACCACUGCAGCACCGACCACGGCAGCACCCACACAGCAGGACCCACCACUGCAGCACCCACUACGGCAGCACCUACCACGGCGGAACCCACCACAGCAGCACCCACCACGGCAGCACCGACCACGGCAGCACCUACCACUGCCGGACCCACCACUGCAGCACCUACCACAGCAGCGCCCACCACGGCAGCACCUACCACUGCCGAACCUACCACUGCAGCACCCACUACGGCAGCACCUACCACGGCGGAACCCACCACAGCAGCACCCACCACGGCAGCACCGACCACGGCAGCACCUACCACUGCCGGACCCACCACUGCAGCACCUACCACAGCAGCGCCCACCACGGCAGCACCUACCACUGCCGAACCUACCACUGCAGCACCCACUACGGCAGCACCUACCAGCCGGCAGCGCCCACACACGGAGGAUCACCUACCACCAGCCGGCCACGACCACCGAGCACCCACACUACCAAACGCCUUUUUGCGAGCCCACGAUAAGCCGGGGGAAGACGGGAACAGCGUGGGUCUCACACUCACGGUUUCGCUACUCACACAACUCAGUUUGGGGUCUUUGGCAUUGAGAGUGUCUCGGCCAGUGGCUCUGGCAGUACCAAUGAAGCCCGGAUCUUUGACGGUGGAUUGGAUGAGAGUUCUGUUUGCACUUGUGACAACGACCUUCUCAACCCCAACCUGCAGUACCUCCUUGUGAUUCAGGAAGCCAAUGCAUGUUCGGAGCAGGCUAGUUGUGGCGCCGGUUGCGGUAUUAGUUGCUGUGACGGCGAUGGCUGCACCAAGGUCACGGGGGGGACUCCACCCAAUGUAGAUGACAACUCGGGCGGAGGAACGAUUACCAUCACAUUCAAUGAUUCAAGCUGUGUGGAAGACUUCCUCUUCGUGGAUACCGAGGAGAACGGCGAUGUGGAGGCAUUUGCUGAGAACGGUACCUCGCUCGCCAAACAAGACUUUUUGGUCACGGGCAACAACGAGUUCAACUUUGUCUCUCUCAACGUAUGUGGUGUGAAGACAAUAGUGGCGACACUUGGAGGUUCUGGUGCCAUUUCCCUGCAGUGCUUCAAUUCUACCAUUGAUCCCGGCACCACAACUACCACAGCAGCACCCACUACGGCCGCGCCUACCACUGCCGGACCUACCACUGCAGCACCGACCACUGCAGCACCGACCACUGCAGCACCUACCACAGCAGCGCCCACCACUGCGUCGCCUACCACGGCAGCGCCCACCACUGCAGCGCCUACUACGGCAGCACCUACCACUGCAGCACCUACCACAGCAGCGCCCACCACUGAAGCACCUACCACAGCAGCACCCACCACUGCAGCAAACCACGACCACGGCCAGCACCCACUACAGAGCAGACCGCACCACUCAGCAAAGCACCCACUACGCAGCACCUACCACUGCCGCACCCACCACAGCAGCACCCACCACGGCAGCACCGACCACGGCAGCACCUACCACUGCCGGACCCACCACUGCAGCACCUACCACUGCAGCGCCCACCACUGCAGCACCUACCACAGCAGCGCCCACUACUGCAGCACCUACCACUGCCGCACCCACCACUGCAGCACCUACCACAGCAGCGCCCACCACGGCAGCGCCCACCACGGAAGCACCUACCACGGCAGCACCCACGACCACGAGCACCACUCUACCACUCCCCUUUUGCGAGCCCACGAUAAGCCGUGAAGACGUGACCAGUGUGGGUCUCACUCACGGUUCUCUACUUACAUCUCAGUUUGGGGUCUUUGGCAUUGAGAGUGUGUCGGCCAGUGGCUCUGGCAGUACCAAUGAAGCCCGGAUCUUCGACGGUGGAUUGGAUGAGGAUACUGUUUGCACUUGUGACAACGACCUUCUCAACCCCAACCUGCAGUACCUCCUUGUGAUACAGGAAGCCAAUGCAUGUUCGGAGCAGGCUAGUUGUGGCGGCGGUUGCGGUAUUAGUUGCUGUGAGGGCGAUGGCUGCACCAAGGUCACGGGGGGGACUCCACCCAAUGUAGAUGACAACUCGGGCGGAGGACCGAUUACCAUCACAUUCAAUGAUUCAAGCUGUGUGGAAGACUUCCUCUUCGUGGAUACCGAGGAGAACGGCGAUGUGGAGGCAUUUGCUGAGAACGGUACCUCGCUCGCCAAACAAGACUUUUUGGUCACGGGCAACAACGAGUUCAACUUUGUCUCUCUCAACGUAUGUGGUGUGAAGACAAUAGUGGCGACACUUGGAGGUUCUGGUGCCAUUUCCCUGCAGUGCUUCAAUUCUACCAUUGAUCCCGGCACCACAACUACCACAGCAGCACCCACUACGGCCGCGCCUACCACUGCAGAACCUACCACUGCAGCACCGACCACUGCAGCACCGACCACAGCAGCACCCACCACUGCAGCACCGACCACGGCAGCACCCACUACAGCAGGACCCACCACUUCAGCGCCUACUACGGCAGCACCUACCACUGCAGCACCCACCACAGCAGCGCCCACCACUGAAGCACCUACCACAGCAGCACCCACCACUGCAGCACCGACCACGGCAGCACCCACUACAGCAGGACCCACCACUGCAGCACCCACUACGGCAGCACCUACCACGGCGGAACCCACCACAGCAGCACCCACCACGGCAGCACCGACCACGCAGCACCCACCACUGCAGCACCGACCACGGCAGCACCCACUACAGCAGGACCCACCACUGCAGCGCCUACUACGGCAGCACCUACCACUGCAGCACCUACCACAGCAGCGCCCACCACUGAAGCACCUACCACAGCAGCACCCACCACUGCAGCACCGACCACGGCAGCACCCACUACAGCAGGACCCACCACUGCAGCACCCACUACGGAGGCACCUACCACAGCAGCGCCCAC